CUUUUCCCCACCCUUUUCUUACGUCGAAUUUUCUUCUCCAAGUCUUCGCAGCUUCUCUGUCGCACGCCUACCUAAGAACACACACCACAGCCACUGCCACACGCCCGAUCUCUCUCCUUCUCGACCAUAUUCCCUCUUGAUGGCUAUGAUGGUGGUGGUAGUGGUAGUAGUGGAGGAGUUUCAGUACUGCCAUACCCGCCAAAGCACAAGCACCGUGACAGAGUCCGCAUGCACGUUUCGAUUCUCACCUAUUCCAAAGCAGACAGUCUCAUCAUCCCCGUGCCGUCAGAGACACGGCCUGCCGCGUAUCCAAAUGAGGGAGAUAAUAAUUUGUAUCCCGGACACAGGACAGUGAAAUCUAAUGUCAAAGUGCUACAAUUUUGGGAUAAAAUUAAGUGUCGCGCGUGUUACUUGCCAGUCAGCAGGCAGUGAUCAAGCGCGGUGUUCCGACGCGUCCGUUCGUCGAGGAUGAUGAUGAUUGGGAAUGCGAUCGCGAGGACGUCUGACCCGUAGUCAGAAACACUUUGAUCGCGGUGAACGUGCUCUCAAUUCGUGGAAUUAGUGGAAGUCGUCGCGCAUUAAUUGCGACGAUAACGAUCGAUUAACCGCCUUAUGGAUCUGUCUGCUCGACGACAGAAUCACUCGUGCGACAAUAAUACGCGACGUGACCUGUCGGUGCGUGUUGCCGCUCAAAUCAAUCAACCGAUCGAAACUAGUCCGCGUGGAUUAACGUAGAGUGAGUCACCGUAUUCGGCAGUCAGUGAAAGGGGCCUCGCGUCGGUAGCUGUUGGAUAAUUCAAAUCCGUCGGCGAACGACUCCAUCUACAACCGAAUUCGUCAACGACGAAAUCGAGAUCAAAUUCCUAAGGAGCCGUUUCAAGAAUUGCGAACGAUAUUGGAAUUAGAAACGUUGAGCAUAGUUGAAAAUUCAGAAGCUAAUCCCUCCGGAAACGCCGACGGGUCUAUCGAUACGAGAAACACGUGGUCACUGCUUCGAACACAGGCAACGAGGAUAUAAACAUAAAGAAAAGUGGUUUUCAUAAGAUACCGUCGAUUAUCUUCGACCGAGGACAAACGAGGAGUAAUCGCGGUCACUCGUUUAUCAUCGAGGGUUCCUUUAAGUACAAUUGAACGGUCUCUCUUUGAAAACGGACUAUGUCCACCAUUGUAGCCCGUCGUUUGUAUCAUCGGUGCCGCAAGCAGGGUGCCAGGACGACGAGCAAUCUGCCUUGAUCCUGGAAGGGACGGGCAGCGAAUUUCUGGCGCAACAGCUGGCUUUGGCAGCAGCAGCAGCAGCAGCAGCAGCAACAGCCGCAGCGACGGCGGCAGCCAGCAAGAUGCCGGAGAAGGAGGUCGCUUAUCAUCAGGAAGCAUUCUCAUUGCUGCAGCCGCCGCCACCGCCGCAUCACUCGCACUCGGCUUUCCACGCGGCUUUCCAUCCGCACCCCCAUUCGGCGCCCCCGCCGCCAUUUCACCCUCAUCACGGGCCACCACCGCCACCGCAUCCAGCGCAUCCGACGGCUUGGGAGCAUCACACAGCGGCGGCCGCAGCGGCCGCGGCCGUGGCUUUCCAUCCGCCGCUACAUCACCCAUUAUCCAGCUCAGCGGCAAUUGGAACACCCGGUAACGACAGUGGAGGUGGCGGAAGUGGUAGUGCAGGUAGUGGAGGCAGCGGGGGCGGUGGGGGUGGAUCUGCCGGCAACGGUACUUCCGGUGAUUUUUUACGUAGAAGUCAUCCCCUCGCGGAACAUACGGCCUUACAUCCCGCUUACCGGAUCAACUACAUGGACCACAUCUACCAUCAUAUCCAGGCCUCCACGCACAGUCCCAACGCCUCACUACACGGACUGGGUGGUUUGGGGCCCGAAUACCUCUUACACGCGGCAGGUCCUGCCAGCACCCUCGCAUCGUCCGAAUUCCCGUUCUCCAUUGAUGUUUCAGCAUCAUCGCGAUUAGGAAGUCCGCGAGCCUCAGCGAUCAGAGCGAGUCGAAAAAGAGCGCUGAGCAGUUCACCGUACUCGGACAGAUUUGACAUCGACAGCAUGAUUCGAUUUAGCCCCAAUAGCUUGGCGUCCAUCGUGAAUGGUUCGCGAAGUAGUAGCGCGAGCGGAAGCUACGGACAUCUCUCCGCUGCAAUGAGUCCGUCAUUAGGCAUGCAUCCCGCUAGCAUGGCGCCGCACAUACAGCAGUUACAAGCCCACCUUUUGAGAAGUGCGGCCGCGGCGGUGCUUUUACCUCACACGCAUCCCUUGCAACCACCCGCACCACCGCCGCCACCGCCGCAUCCACAUUCUCACUCUCAUGCUCACGGACUGUCCCCCCAUUCGCAAUUGUAUCCCGGCGUGCCACCACAUUCCACAUCGUCGGCGACACUUAGCCCGCACGGAGCCGGAGUACCCCCGAAGAGUGAGAGUGUAGAGUCAUGCAGGAAAGCAUCGGAAUCAUCGACUCGCUCGGUGACGGCCGAGGCCGACACUUCCUCAAGACGAGCCGCCACCAAAGUCAAGAGGGAACCGGCGACAACGACCACCAAUGCAACCACUACUACCGCUCCACCGACUCACCCUCAAGGCCUCAGUCCGAGCGAGGAUCUCAGAGAUGAACCUGGUGACUUCAUCGAAACGAAUUGUCACUGGAGAGACUGCGGUCUCGAAUUUCCUACACAGGAUGAUCUCGUAAAACAUAUCAACAACGAUCACAUACAUGCCAACAAGAAGAGCUUUGUUUGCGGUUGGGAGGAAUGCUCGAGGGAGGAAAAACCCUUCAAGGCUCAAUACAUGCUGGUCGUGCACAUGAGAAGGCAUACGGGUGAAAAACCACACAAGUGUACCUUCGAAGGUUGCUUCAAAGCCUACUCACGAUUGGAGAAUCUCAAGACUCACCUCAGAUCUCAUACCGGAGAGAAACCGUAUACCUGCGAAUAUCCAGGCUGCAGCAAAGCUUUCAGCAACGCGAGCGAUAGAGCGAAACAUCAAAAUAGAACGCACUCCAGCGAGAAACCAUACAUUUGCAAAGCUCCUGGCUGUACAAAACGGUAUACAGAUCCAUCGUCAUUGAGGAAGCAUGUCAAGACUGUCCAUGGUGCCGAAUUUUAUGCAAACAAAAAGCAUAAGGGUGGCGGUGGUGGCGAUGGCGGUGGUAGUGAUGAGGCUGGUGCAGGAGGUAACAGUCCCAGCAGGAGUGAGGAUCUGCCUCCAAAGACACCUAGCCUCUCAAGUCCUAGCGUCAAAUCUGAGAGUGAAGCGAACAGUCCACCUGGCAUCAUGCAGCAACAGGGUAGUCCACUGGUAGGUGGAUGUAAUGACGAGGUCGCAGGGAUGGGUCCUCUCACCGGCGAUGGAAUUGCCCUUGCUGAAGAACCAUGGAACGAGGAGCCCGAUGAUUUGGACAUCGCCGAUCUUCCUGUAGCACUACGUGCCAUGGUUGGUGGUAUGGAAUCGCAGCAGCAAUUGCAGAUGCCAGUACCCACACCAAGGAAUCGUCUGAAAGGAAGACUAAACGCCAAAGGCAUGCCGAAUAUACCGAGCAUAGGAAACAUGCGUGGGCUUCGCGGUGUCGCACUUCAAGGUAAUAUCGGCGACCUCAAUAAAAGAAUCACCGAUCUGAAGAUGGAGGGCGGUGGCAGCCAAACGCGGCAAACAAGUCUAUCUGAUCUUCAAUUGAGGCUUCAAUCAUUCGGUGAACCGCGAAGGGACAGCAACAGUACUGUCAGCACUUACUACGGCAGCAUGAGAUCGACAGAUUUUAGUAGCAGAAGAAGCAGUCAGGCGAGCGUCGCUAGAAUGGGCCCAGGUCCAGAAAGCUUCUAUGAUCCAAUCAGUCCCGGUACGUCUAGACGAAGCAGCCAGAUGAGCACGACUUCUAGCAGGAUCGACCAAGCUCAUCUACAGGGGCCUUACUCAACGAAUAACCUCGUCGUUCAAACGCAAAAUAUGUCUCUUCAGAACAUUCAGACGAUGCAAAAUGAUUGGAAUAGUUCAAGUGGUCAUUGUACUCAACCGUCGAACGAUCGACGAAUGUCUGAACCUAUUCGCAGUAAUCCAGUCCAAAGAACUUCUCCUCCGAUCCCACCCAGGCCAAGAUCGGCACAGCUACCCGAGCUUCAACCUGAGCUCCAUCCUAAUCAGGAAGUAAUUUUGGACGAGGUGGGUGAAGGCGAAAUGGUGGAGAAUAAAUUGGUUAUUCCUGAUGAAAUGAUGCAAUAUUUGAAUCAGGUUCAAGCGGGCGGAAAUCAAGUUGGCUAUCGUGGCAGUCCUUUACCGAUUUGCCAAUCACCGAUAUGCACAAAUCCUUUGCACUACCAGCGACAGGUGCAACCUACGUGUAAUUAUAAUCAACCACAUCAGCCACACCAACAGACCUGCUACUCCUCUCAGCAAAUCGGACAACAAUCCUGUCCGAAUUAUCAGAAUCCCUCGUCUAUGCCUUAUAGUCAAUGUCCAAAUUCACGUGCGAUUCAAUCUUCAUCGCAGCAGUAUUGCCCGCCGCCAAAUUAUGGAUCUCAAGUCACUGGUGGACAAGUAACAAGCCCAGCCGCGGGUCAAGUUAUGUCACCGAGUUCCCAUUAUAACUCGACUCAUUUGAGCGAUCAGCCACUGACAUCCCCCGCGGCUGGCGCACUAGCACCACAGCACGCACCACAAAAUCUGCCCCAGAAUUCUGCUCAACUCACCAGAAAUUGUUCUCAGAGUCAUGCACAUCAGGGUUAUUAUCCAACUUAUGGCUGCGCAAGUCAAAUAAACUCAAAUUGCAACGGUACCGGUGGUCAAGCUAGUUCUCAUUCUAAUCAGACUUGUACACCGUCCAAUCACACUGUACAAAUGCGACUAACAAACAACUGUCAGCAAUUGUCACCGCAUUGCAAUCAACAAACUGCGCCAUCCAUGCCUAAUCAACCUACUAUUGCUCAUCCGAGUGCUCAGUGCAAUCAGUCCUCUGGUCAGUGCACUAGACCUAUGGUAACAUCUAACGGUCAGAUUCCCAACGUACACUCUGCUCAACAGUCUUCGGUGAUGAAUCAGUGCGGUCCGAUAUCACCUCUCUGUUCUCCACUAAAUCACGUAAAUCAAAACAAACCGACAAAUACGCUUGCGACAAAUCUUCAAAGCUGUCAACAACAAACUCAACAAUCAGCCACAACGCCUUGUCUACAAGUCAACAACUGUAUUCAUCCCAGUGGUGCACAUCGUCAAGUUAACGAUGGUGGAGACAGUGCAAAGAGAACAUCACCACAACUUUGUAAUGCUCAGCAGACUAACUGCAGAAUGCAGCAGCAGCAACAAACCUGCGCCCAUAAUUGUCAAACGCGCACGAAUCCUCCUGCUCAAUACAACUGCAAUUGUGCAUGGACUUAUGGAAAUCAAUGUUAUCACGAUCAACACAAUGGAUCGCUACCGGAGAUACAAUGCAGAGAUAUUAGCCAGUCCCAACAAGGUUCACCGAUAAAGCCACCUCAAGGUAUGAGACAAGAUUCCUACCGUAGAACAUUGGAAUACGUUCAACAAUGUAGAAACUGGUCCGUUAACGCUCAAACCCAUGAAACCAACGUCUCCAGCUCAACGCAUCCGAUGUCGUUGCCCCAACCUUUACCAGCCAGCGCCAAUAUGGUUGUUAAUGACAUGACAUCUUCUCUUAGCUCUUUACUAGAAGAAAACAGAUAUUUACAAAUGAUUCAAUGACGUAUGUCUAAUUAAUAAUAAAAGAAUCCUCAAUUUAAUUCUAUUAUCGAUCGAUAAAGCAGUUGCUCUUAAACAAUUUUUUAUUUG